AUGGGUGCUUCCGAGGAAACUCCAUCUUCCACUGCAAUGCAGCCACUGUCUAGAUUGGAAGGUUACCGCGUCUUGUAUGUUCCUCUGUCGAAGGGCUCUCCCCUUACGCGCCAACUCAUGGUCAAGCGUAACGAUCAAGCGGCUGAUCCUGCGGAAUGGCCCAACGAGAGAACCCUUUUCGUCGCCCAUUUGGACUACUGGGUCACCGAGAAGGCAUUGACACGGCUAUUCGAGGUCUUUGGAGACGUUGAGAGAGUUCGGAUAAAGAAGGCUGUGAAACCGGCCCAGACUAGUGCCGAUAAGGCGGACGGUAUAGUGAGGGACUUAGUCUUUGGCCAUGUGCUGUUCGUAUCGGAGGAAUCCAUGACCAAUGUUUUGGAGAGCCCUAGCGCUUCUAUGGAACUGGUUCACCGAGGGUUGUGCCUUCCCCUAGCUAAGAGUGUGCUGAAGACAGCGGAGAAAAGUGCGUUGCCCGCUUCCAGUCAAGUGUCCACUACUAAGACUACUAUACUCGGCACUCCAGUUGUGUACUGUGAUCCCCUCACUCUACAGCGACAUGUUGAUGUUGCCAUGGCUGAGCACGAGGACGAGGAGGCUGCCGAGAAACGUAGGCAGCAAGAGCCCGAAGUCGACGAGGACGGCUUCACGGUGGUUCGUGGUACUGGUGUCACCCGCUCUGCAGAUGGCCUUGCGGUUAAGGGCUACAGAGUCCCAACUGCAGCAACAACAGCCGUGGACUACGGCGAGCUUUUCGGAGGUAUCGGGCAUGGAGUGAGUCAGCAGCGAAAACUGGAGAAGAAGAGGGCGAAGAAAAUGCAGGUAAUGGACUUCUAUCGGUUCCAGCACAGAGAGAGGAAGAGAGCCGAGUUCAUAGAGGAACAGAAGCGGAACACUCAGGAUCAGGAGACCGUCUCUGCGAUGAAAAAGAGACGUCUCUUUGAGAUUAAAUGAUUCCGUA